AUGCUUGAUGAAGGGAGCGACGAGGACUUGAGCGAACAUCUGCCUUACAGGCGUCCGAGAUUUCGAAUGCAAUCAUUUAUUGAUGAGUAUGGAGUAGUUCCACCACGCAAGUCACCAGUGCGUCGUCUAAGAGAUUAUGCAAAAAAUUAUUGGCACAAUUUGAACUCAGUUGGCGUUGCCAACUCGUUUCUCGAGUCAAUACCACUUAUCCGUUGUCUCAGAGAGUAUAAAAUACGCAAGUAUCUGCUUGGUGAUAUUCUGGCAGGCAUAACGGUGGCUAUCAUGCAUAUUCCUCAAGGCAUCGCUUAUGGUGUUCUGGCCGGUUUGUCAGCGUUUGAUGGUCUGUACGUUUCCUUUUUUCCUGUCAUUAUCUACAUGAUUUUCGGUACAUGUCCGCAUUUAUCAAUCGGUACAUUUGCUAUCAUAUCAUUGUUGACGGCAAAAGCGAUCAAUGGGGUCUCAUUGCCACCGUUGAACUCGACCAUUAAUGAUUCAAUUAUAGAAUCAAAUUUUUCGUAUAUAUCUAACGUGUCAAGUGAUGCACUUAUCAAUGAAAAACUGGGCGUCGCUACUACGCUCGCCUUUGUUGUUGGGCUCAUUCAGCUCAUACUAUGGCUUUUUCGACUUGGCUUUAUCACGACUUAUAUGACGGAACCUUUUAUAAGUGGCCUGAAUGUGGGAGCUGCUGUACAGGUUUUUUCCAGUCAAAUUCCAGGCGCUUUUGGCGUUCCGAGUCCGAACGAUAUACAAGGCCUUUUUAAGUUGCCCAGAUUCUAUGUUCGAGUUAUCGGUUCGAUUGUUAAAAGCAUUAACUGGAUUUCAACUGCGAUAACAGUCACAUCGAUUAUUAUCUUGCUUGUCGUAAAAGCAUUGAAUGAUCGGUACAAGAAGAAAAUACGUUUCACAAUUCCAACUGAACUCUUUUUGGUCAUUUUUGGUACGUUGAUAUCAUAUUUGGCGAAACUUCAUGAUCAGCAUGGUGUUGCGAUUGUUGGAACUGUUAAACGUGGUCUACCUGCACCAACUGCCCCAGCUUUUACUAAUGUUUCUUCUUUGCUGGUACCCGCUAUUACGAUUACUAUUGUGAGUCUAUGCCUCAAUAUUUCUGUGGCUAAAAUGUUUGCUCGAAAAUAUGACUACAAAGUACGCUCAAACCAGGAAUUACUUGCUUAUGGAUUGGGAAACGUUGUUUCAUCCUUCUUUCAAUGCUAUCCAAGUUCGGGCUCACUGAGCCGGUCAAUGGUACAAGGAGAGAGUGGUGGCACAACAUCACUGAUCGGUGGCUUCUCUUCUGUUAUUUUAGUUGUCGUCAUUCUAGCUUUGGCACCUCUUCUCAAAUCUCUUCCUAUGGCGUGCCUAGCCGGCAUCAUCAUUGUCAAUCUCAAAGGACUCCUUCUUAAAGUCAGCGACUUUAUGUAUUACUAUCGUAUUAAUAUGAUGGAAGCUAUCCUGUGGUUGGUAACAUUUUUGACUGUCGUCUUAUCCGAUGUUGACAUUGGAGUUUAUGUAGGGAUAGCUGUUUCGUUUCUCAUGAACACGAUUCGUACUCAACGGCCACGGUUCGUUGCUCUCGGACGAGUAGGUGAUACUACAUUCUACAAAAGUAUAAAAGUGUUUCCAUCUGCUGAACAACAUGCCAAUAUCAAAGUUAUUCGUUUCGAUGGAUCUCUCUAUGCUUGCAAUGCGCCUUUUUUUAAACGGAAAUUCUAUGAACUAAUCGAUAUACGUCUGCGACAAAAGCCUCUCAUUUCAUUCAGAAUACCAGAAACAGUUGAGAUUCAGGAUAGUGCUGACAAAUAUGUCGUUCUUGACUGUUCACCUAUGAACUUUAUCGAUAGUGUGGGCGUCAAGCUACUUAUUGAGAUUUACAAAGAUAUGAAAAAACGAAACAUUCAUCUUUAUCUAACCGAAUGCCGUUAUGAUGUUCGUUACACGUUGGACUCGAUGAAGUUUUAUGAGCAUACGGAUGGUUGUAUAAUAUACGUCUCAACUUCUGACGCAGUUACUGCUAUUCUGGCUGAAAUUCAAAAUAAGUCGAUGGUAGAAACGAUUUCGCAAACCGUCAUCACACAAUUCUGA